AUGCCCACAAUGCUGCCAAAUGAGCCCAUGAUAAGAAGCCCUGCAGCUCGCCGUUGCCGGGUACAGCAGUACGAUGACGGUGAAGAAGACCGAGAAGCAAAAAAUGGAGAUGGUGGUCGUGGUUGGAGCAGGUGGGCUGGUGAGCCAAAAAGGGAAGUAGGAUCGGUAGAAGAAGAUUAUCUAACGUCUAUAGAUGCUACUGGGCUUUUUGUUAAACGUUUGGUCAUUCAAAGGGUUAGACUGUUAUUUGCUCAAAAUUUGAGGCUUGAUUGGUUGAGCUGUUUUGGCUUGUUAAUGGUUGUGUGGACAACUACAAGGGGUGGUGUUGAGGGAGGACAAGUUUCUUAUGAUGGAAGAUCAUUGAUAAUUGAAGGGCAAAGAAAGCUCUUGUUUUCUGGUUCAAUUCAUUAUCCUCGAAGCACACCUGAUAUGUGGCCAUCUUUGAUAUCAAAGGCCAAACAUGGUGGACUAGAUGUGAUUGAAACCUAUGUCUUUUGGAAUCUUCAUGAACCUCGACAUGGGCAGUAUGAUUUUAAGGGAAGACAUAAUAUAGUGAGAUUCAUUAGAGAAAUUCAAGCUCAUGGCCUCUAUGCAUUCAUCCGGAUUGGACCCUUCAUUGAGGCUGAAUGGACUUACGGAGGUCUACCAUUUUGGCUGCAUGAUGUACCAGGAAUUGUUUAUCGAUCUGAUAAUGAACCCUUUAAGUAUCAUAUGCAAAACUUCACAACAAAAAUUGUCAACUUGUUCAAAUCAGAAGGAUUAUAUGCUCCACAAGGAGGGCCUAUCAUUCUUCAACAGAUCGAGAAUGAGUACAAAAAUGCGGAGAGAGCUUUUCACGAGAAAGGACCGCCUUAUGUUCAGUGGGCAGCUGCCAUGGCUGUCGGACUCCAAACGGGUGUGCCAUGGGUGAUGUGCAAGCAAGAUGAUGCUCCUGAUCCUGUGAUAAACACAUGUAAUGGGAGGACGUGUGGAGAAACAUUUGUAGGGCCUAAUUCACCAAACAAGCCAGCAAUCUGGACAGAGAAUUGGACAAGUUUCUAUCAAGUCUAUGGUGACAAGACCCCAUUAAGAUCAGCAGAGGACCUUGCAUAUAACGUUGCUUUAUUCAUAGCAAGGAAGAACGGAAGCUUUGUAAACUACUACAUGUAUCAUGGCGGUACAAAUUUUGGCAGGACAGGUUCAGCAUUUGUAAUCACAAGCUAUUAUGAUGAAGCUCCUAUUGAUGAAUACGGUUUGAUUAGGCAACCAAAAUGGGGUCAUCUGAAGCAGUUACAUUCAGUAAUAAAGUCAUGCUCACAGACUCUACUUCAUGGAGUCAUAUCUGUUUCUCCACUUGGUCAGCAGCAAGAAGUAAGAUUAGCAUCUUCAUUCUUUCGGAUAGAUUUCGUUUUUUCAUUUUUUAUAUUAAGUUUCUUGGAUUCAGGAGAAUGUGCAGCUUUCCUUGUAAACUAUGAUAGAAGAACUGAAGUUGUGGUGCUGUUCCAGAACAUACACUAUAAAUUACCUGCAACAUCAAUAAGCAUUCUACCUGACUGCGCAACUGAAGCAUUCAAUACAGCUAAGGUAACCACUCAAUCUUACAAGAGAUCAACUCUACCAACCGUGAAGUUCAACUCAGUUGACAGAUGGAGUGAAUUUCGAGAAGCUAUUCCUGUAUUUGGAGAAACUUCAAUAAGUUCCAAUUCAUUGUUGGAGCACAUGAAUACUACGAAAGAUAAAUCUGAUUAUCUCUGGUACAUUACCAGUGUUAAUUCGUCAAAAGCUCAGUCGCUUCUCACUGUCGACUCCCGGGGACAUGCUUUACAUGCAUUUGUUAAUGGAGAGCAUGCAGGUUCUGCACAUGGAGAUCAUAAAAAUCCAGCUUUUACGUUGGAAAGAACUAUAAAUCUACAACACGGGAGGAAUAAUAUCUCCUUGCUCAGUUUGACCGUUGGAUUACCGAAUUCAGGGGCAUAUCUUGAGCGCAGAUCUCUUGGCUUGGACGGUGCUAGAUUAAAGAACAGUCAAGCUACCAAUGAUCUCACAAAUUCUGCUUGGGGAUAUCAGGUAGGAUUGCUAGGGGAGAGGUUACAACUUCACACAGAGAAAGGAUCAUCUGCUGCUCUAUGGAGCAAGCUGUCUGCUUCUCCCAAACAGCUCACAUGGUACAAGACAUAUUUUGAUGCUCCUGAGGGUGAUGAUCCCCUAGCAAUCAAUCUUGGAUCCAUGGGGAAAGGUGAAGCUUGGAUCAAUGGCCACUGUAUUGGUAGAUAUUGGGUCUCAUUCCUCAAAGCUGAUGGUUCUCCUUCACAGACAUGGUACCACAUACCAAAAUCUUUUCUUAAACCCAAAGGGAACCGGUUAGUUUUGUUUGAGGAAGAAUCAAAAGACCCUCUGAACAUCUCAAUAGACGUGAUUUCAAUAGUGGGAUCAGCUUCAUAGAAUCAGGACAUCAGUGUGAACAAGAAUCAGAGUUCUUGUGAACGCAUUUGAAUGAUUACCAGAAUAAUGUUUUAUUUGCAGGGGGCUGCUUGACAAGCUUUUAGCCUUGUAACAACUUUGUAUUUUUUCCUGCUUGUACUUCGGCACUAAAUUCAAUAGCUAUGAUCAACA